GUGGCAUGUAGUUGGUGUUUUUUCCACUAUUUUUCCGGCACUGUUUGGCUCUCUACGAAUUAAUAUAAUACGUCUGUCAAUUUUUUUUUUAUCAGGAGGCUAACUUCUGUUAGCUUCCCUGUCUAUCUGCAACAAUGACCACCAUCGUCCAUGAUACUACAGAGGCAGUAUGCCUCUCAGCUGAAUACAGCCUGUACCUUAAGCCCAUUGCCAAAAUGACCAUCAGUGUGGCACUGCCCCAGCUCAAGCUGCCAGGCAAGAGCAUCUCCAACUGGGAGGUAAUGGAGAGGGUAAAGGCCAUGGUAGCUCCAGAGCAGUUUUCAGCCCUGCGAAUCUCUAAGAGCACCAUGGACUUUAUCCGCUUUGAGGGAGAGGUGGAAAACAAGACGGUGGUCAAGAGCCUGCUGGGCCGUCUGGAUGGGAAAAGCAUCAAACUCAGUGGAUUUACUGAUGUACUGAAGGUUCGUGCAGUAGAGAAUAAGGUGGACUUCCCUACACGUCACGACUGGGACUCAUUUUUUCGCGAUGCCAAGGACAUGAAUGAGACACUGCCAGGAGAGAGACCUGACACUAUCCACCUGGAGGGGCUUCCUUGCCGCUGGUUCAGCCAGAAGGACAGCGUGUACCCAGACCGGCCCUCGGAAGAGGUUCUCAUUGCUGUCUUUCAGACAUUUGGCAAGGUGCGAAAUGUUGACAUCCCCAUGCUGGACCCAUACAGAGAGGAAAUGCUGGACAAAAACUUCAGCACGUUCAGCUUUGGGGGCCAUUUGAACUUUGAGGCUUAUGUCCAGUACCAGGAAUAUUGUGGCUUCACCAAGGCCAUGGACACUCUGCGCGGCAUGAAGCUGAUGCUCAGAGGAGAUGAUGGAAAGGCAGUGGCUUGCAACAUCAAGGUGACCUUUGACACCAGCAAGCACCUGAGUGAAUCAGCUCUGAAGAGGAGGAGCCUGGAGAGGAUGAAGUUGCAGGAGCUGGAGAGGCAGAGAGAGGAGCAGAAACGGCGGGAAAAGGAAGAGGAAGAGCGUCGUAAGGAGGAGGAGAGGAAACAGAAAGAGCAGGAAGAGGAGGAGAAGGAGAGGAGGAAAGAGGAGAGGCUGCGGAAGCGAGAGCAGAAGCUUCGGGAGAAAGAGCAAAGGAAGAACCUGAAAAGGGUGAGGCGACAGCAGGAGGAGGAGCAGAAGAAGCUGCAGAUGAAGAUUGCAAUGGAGGAGAGGAGGCUGCUGCUGGCUCAGCGCAACCUGGAAUCUAUACGGCUCAUUGCUGAGCUGUUGGCCAGGGCCAAGGCCCUGAAGCAGCAGCAGCAGGAGAAAGAGAGGGCUGAACGCGAGGAGCAGGAAAGGCAGGAGCAGGCUCGGCAGAAAGAGGAGUUAAUUCGGCUCCAGCAGCUGGAGGCCUCCCGGCGCAAGCAGGAGGAGGAGCUCCGCAGGGUGGAGGUGGAGAAGGAGCGAGCGUUGGAGCUCCAGCGCCGGGAGAAGGAGCUCAGAGACAGACUGCUUUGCAACCUGUUAAAGAAGACCAACGGAAGAGCCACAAAGCCUCCAGGCACACAGGACCAGGCCGGGCCUGUGACGACCGAGGAGGCCUCUGUUCCUGGCAGCACCGAUGUGAUGUUGGAGGUUCUGGGGCGGGUGAACGGAGUGAAGGCAGCUGAGAGCAAAGAGAAACAAAUUUCCAAAUCUAGUGUGCACGCCCAUGUUUCGGGCAAAAACAGAGCAAUGGAGGAGAGGAGAGGAGGGGAGGACAGAAAGAAAAGCCGGGAGGGAAGGAGGGGAGAGGUGGCGAGGAGCAGGCAUAGCAGGGAGCGAGUGAGGGACCAGGACCGCUCCCACAGAGACAGGAGCUCCCGCAGCAAGGGGAGGAGGAGGCGCUCCCACAGCCACAGCAGGAGGAGAAGGAGCUCCAGCCGCCACAGGAGGAGCUCCAGUCAUCACCGGAGGAGCUACAGUCACCAUGGCAGCAGGAGGCUCAGCCAUAGCAGCAGGAGCACAAGCUCAAGUAUAGACAGGAGCAGGAGCAGCAGUGGGAGGAGUUACAGCGGGGGGAGGAGUCAUAGACAUAGUCACCGUAGAUACAGCAGAGGCAGCUCCAGGAGCAGCAAUAAAAGCAGAGAGAAGAGGAGUCACAGUCGUUACAGUCGGAGAUACAGGAGGCACAGCAACAGUAGAGACAGGAGCCACUCCAGGCGACGCUGAACUCAUCACGCUAUUUUUGGUCCCUUAGUAAAGUGAUGUGGCAGCACACCAAUUAGCAGAGGAAGGAAUCUUAGGUAUUCAAAAAACUCCCAUAUAAAAAUCUGAUCAACUCUACAGAAUCAACUGAAAUAACAUAUGUAUGUGUAACAUAUAUGUGUAAGGCAUGUAAGUUGUUGUAGCUGAUUCAGUGGAGUUGCUUUUACCUUUUUAAUAUUUUUUUUUUUUCGCAUUUCAUUUUGUUGGAUUGAAGCUGCUGACGGUUUAAUUUGCUCAAAUAUUCAGUGUCUUUGCAUAAAAUGCCAAAUUUACUAUUUGGUUUUAUUAGAAUGGUAUUCUUUGCCAUGUGUGAAAGAUAUUCUGCCAUUCACCAGUAUUCAUUUGGAGUUGAGUAGAGAUUAGAAUAACAAGAAUAAACAAAAUUGGAUAUUCAAAUUUGGUUCCAAUUUAGUGAUCCACUACAGACACCAAUCACUGAUAUUCAUUACAUCGGCAGAUGAGAACACGGACUAGCCUCUUGAUGACCUUUUCUUCCUCAGGUUUGUGCGUGUCACUGUGAUGUGGCAGCAGGCUGUUCAUUCACACCUGCAGCUCAACUUCAGAAAAUAACAGAAACAGUAUCCUGUACUAACAUGCAAUCAGCAUGAAGUUUCAAACACUUUUACAUCAAGCCUCCUUCAGUCACAUAGACUAGUCCUCAUGGCUGCUAUUGGACUAUUGGACUGUGAUGAAUGACUGCUGCUGCAUUUCAAAUGUGAAGUUUCCACAGACUCUAAGACUCAUACCUCUCUGUUUAGGCCGACGGUGUUUAGGCCGACUGGUGUCAUUGUCGUUGUUUUAGCUGCUCGAAAUAUUUCUUGAAACACUGCUUCAGUAUUGGCUGUUUUGGACAGAAUUUUUGAUUCACAUGGUUUCAGUUGAGAAAGACUGACUUUGUUUGUUUUUGUUUUGAAGUUCUGAAUGUUUGAGAGAACUGUUUUCUUUGAAAAAGAGGCUGUGUUUGAAAUCACUCCAUAUUUACUAUUUACUGCACUGCACUGUUACCCUCUGCUAUUUUAUUUGAGCGUCCCCAUUGUGUGAGUGUGAAAUAUUAGAAAUAUCGUGCCCUUAAAAAAAAUCCACAAUGGAUCGAUAAAAGUUGUGUGAAUGGCAUUUAAACUAUUGAGUGUCCUCUGUACAGGGAAUAGUAAACAAAGGAGUGAUUUCCAACACAGGGUUGUUAACAUCAUAAUGAUGACGGCUUCGCUCAGCAAGAUGUGGUCUCCCUCCCUCCUUGGUCACAUGUGAGUCUUGAAUACAACGAAUGGAUUUCAGACCACUGUAGUUUCUCAAGUUUUGUUGUUCAGGAAACCGGCUUCUGGGAUUCAAACCUCAAACCAGCACAGUACCAAGUACACAUGGGGUGCUAGGAACUACGAACUCCUGCUUUCAUGCUUGUGUUGUAGCACCGGAUACAUUUCUUUAACCUUACUAGUAACUGUACAGAUCUUGACGUUGAAUUUGAGCUUGGGAGAAAUCGGUCUUAGUUUUAUUUGACGCUUCUGCUUUGACACACGUCACAGCGAAGCCCGUUUGUUCUGUACACUGUAUGCUCAUGAACUGCUAGAGCAUGUCUUGCGUACACAUGGUUAAAAUAAACAUCCAAGCGGAGAACUUUUAGAAAGCAUUGUUUUCUUUCA